AUCAUAAAUAAAAAAUAGAAAUAAAAUUAAAUAAAAAAAACUAAAAUGGCUUUAAAAAAAAGAAAUACCUUUUCUAUAAUUUUGUUGAUUACAGCUUUCGUUGGAUUUACUACAGCUACAAGAGUUAGUCAAUCUUUGAAUAUUAAUGAUAAAGAACAACUAUAGAUGACAGUUGCAUAUGGAAAAAAUAAAUGUUAUGUUAAUCUUUUACCUUCUAUUAACUUCUGUUCUAAUGUUAUUCAUGAAUUUUCUUUUAGAGUUUAAUAUUAAUGUGGAGCAUCAUAUGUUGAUAAUGAUGACUUUUUCAAUUCCUUUAAUUAUAAAGCUUAAUUUGAGCUAGGUAAUUCAUAUGCAGUUCUUGAUUUCGGGAUACCUACUUAAUAGUCUAUGUUCUAUGGUGAUAACAAGCUUUGCUUUGGUUUUUAUGAAGAUGAGAGAUAGCAUAAUGUUCUUGUUGAACUGUACAAAGCAGGAUUAAUACAAUAUUAAAGAAUGUAUGUUGCCUUAAAUUCCACAUCUGCUGGUCUUUUUGCUGGUAAAAUCGAUAUGGGUGAUUAUGAUAAAUAUCAGCUUUAUAAUAGCUUCUUUGUUUAACUGAAAAGUUCUCCUGGAUAAAGCUAGUAUUCUGCUAUAUCAAACGGAAAUCUUAAUUAUGGUAGCUAGAAAUUAAAAGGUGCAAAUAUAGUUUUCUUCAGCCUAGAAACUCCCUAUACAACAUUACCAAUCACAGCAUUUACAGAAAUACUUUCUAUUUUCAAAAAAUUAGAUAUUAGAUAUACUUAUUUGUAUAAUUAGGAUCAUACUCUCUUAAUACCUUCUAUUGAAAGCCUUUAAAAUAUUACUUUAGAGUUGUUAGUAGAAGAUGAUACUUCUUAUAAAAUUACUCUUACCCCAAAGCAAUACACUAAGCAAUUAUCAAGCGGAUAAUACAAAGUGUUAUUCUAACCUGAGUAUACCCUUAUUAAUUAAAUAACUUUAGGAUAUACAGUAUUUUAACCUUAUUAUAUUGGUUUUGAUCUACUUGAUAGAUAGAUUAGAAUUGCUUAAAAAGUUCAAGACAUAUUUUCUUAAGCUUGA